CAUUCGCGACGGAAGGUCGUCUCGUGUUCACAAUGUAAUUUCUCGUUUACUCUUACUUCUUUCUGCUCUCCUAGUACUAGUUAACGAUACGUAUCAUGUAUUCUCUAUAGAAAAAAUUGGUGCUCAAAUAAAUAAAUUCAAAAACAAAUAAAAUUGAUAUUUUUAUAUAGAAAGCUUUGUUAUGGCGAUUUGAUAGAAUUAGGGUUAUAGUCAAUUUAUUGAAGAAAGUGAAAACUCCACGAUGAACUUCAUAGGCGCGGUUGGUGGUGAUGGAGAUGACAGCGACGAUAAGGAGAAGGAAGAAGAAGCGGAACGCGAACGUCAGGAAGCGAUCCGUGAGGCUGAGGAGCGACGCAAGGAGAAGCACCGCAAGAUGGAAGAGGAGAGAGAGAAGAUGAGGCAGGAGAUCAGGGAUAAGUACAAAAUUCCCAAGAAGGAGGAGAUUGCCGAGCAGCAGCAACAGGAGCCUGACAAUCCUCUUAUGAGGAAGAAGAAGACGCCUGAGGAACUGGCGGCUGAGGCGGAGCUGGAAGACCAGGACGAGUUCACUAAAUUGAAAAACACCAUCGAGACGCAAGUGAACGAACUCAAGUCGCAGAUCGAGAGCAAGUGUGUGAUGCAGUGAGGAGGACGUCGCGACCCGUACUCUAUUAUAUUAACCGAAUACAUGAUGUAGCUGUUACUGUGCUAAACCAUUGUUACAAAGCCUCACCCGAUCACCCGAUCACCCCUCGUCCCGACCGCAAACCAUUUCAGGAAUCAUUCGCGCUCAAAUAUUUGUGUAGGAAAUAUUUCUAAAUUAUUUCGGAACCUAGUUGGCUAGUGGCGCGUUGGUGCUUGAUAAUGAGCAAUAAUAUUUUUAUACAUUCAUUAAACGUGAUGAGCGGCCAUCGAUACAACCGAGAGUGUAGAAUGAGAUUCAAGUCUCGUAACGUUAGGUCAAAGUCAAAAAGCCAUCGCUACAUACCGAACGGCCCACAGCUCGUAGAUUGGAAACGAACCUGUUAUAUAUGUUGACGCUUGUGAUAUAUUGUUAUUUAAGUGUAAAGUGAAAAAGUAAAUUUUUAAAUACAACUAGAACGGUGUAAUAUUUAUAAAAGGAGGGAAUAUAAACGUAAUUUAGAAGUUAGCACGCGUGUAGUUGGCUCAAUACUCGACUCACUCAUCCUCUCGUCUCCUCUUCGGAAUUCGGACUUACAUUAAAAUAACAGUGUAUUCGGUCUUAUAAAUAUUUGUUUUCAUCCAAAUUCCGCUCGGCUUGAUGUGUACCUUGUUGUAAUGGCUUGCGCUCCGCUCACUCUUCGGAUCUUCAACUUUUGCCUCGAAAUCUUUUGCAUGCGUGCUUAUGCAGUGUAUCGAUAUCGUGUCAGUGUAACUGUAUUUUGUUUAGAUGUAUAUACCUUUAAUCGACCUAGCCUUAAUGUCCACAUCGAAGAUAUAAUAGGUACAAUAUUGUUACUGGCACGGCGACGACGGGACGACACGACGACGCUACGACGCGUCCCGCUCGCCGCCAGUGUUCUUGCAUGUUUAAUAUAAGAACGAUGUUCGUUUAGAGUAAUAUAAUGUUGUAGAUAACAAGACCUCUUGUUGUUUUACCGUUGAAUCAAGUUAGCGUAGUUGACGCGAUUCUUAAUGUUUUAUCGAUGUUUUAUGCUUAGGAUAAAGUAACAUUGUUUGAGCAAAAUUUUCGAGCGAUUAACGUUACGGCUUCGGUGGAUUGAAUAAAGCAGAGUACACGAAGCGACGCCUGCUUGGAUGGCGAACGUCCAAUCGGGCGUGGGUUCGGCGAGUGAGGCGGAUGUUGGUGAUGUUAUGUUCAAGGCUAAUGGUUCGAAUAUUUGUCUCAGCAUAUUAAGCUGCAAAUGCAAAAGAUUUGUUAUCGUCAAAAGCUGUGAUAUAUAAAUAAAAUAAACUAAAGCUGUGCGCCAGACGCGGCCAGACCGCUCGCGUUACAUAGUCACUUUAGCUUCUUGGUAACUCUCUUUCAAUCUUUCACGAACUUCAAUCUCAUCUAUAAGAUCUUCGACUUCAUUCGGAUUAACGAUCGUCCACACUUUCUCGUAGUUUUAAAUAUUCUUCGUCGAUAGUUCUAUGAAAUCAGCGCAUCAUGUAUUUUCAUCGUUAGUUUUAAAAUUAUUUUAAAAUAUUAUAUUUAACCUUGUAGCGACCUUAAAGCUUGAUAGCUCGUUCAUUUUUUAAGAAAAUUCUACCGAGAUAAGUAAUUAUAUAUAACAAUAUAUAAUUAAUUGCGUAUUGAAAUCGUAUUUAAACAAACGAUAUGCAUCUUCACAAUGUAAAUACGACAAAUCAACAAUAAUUUCAGAACGUAAAUUGAGUCCCUUUAUUUUCUGAAUAUGGUUCAAACAUUACAAAGUAUUUUCAUAGCUUAUUUCAAAACGUUACUUUGAGCACGCCUUGCUGCAAUAGUCUAUAAAGAUCGUCUGCGAUGGGGAAACCUUCGACGUAAGGAGUUCGACCGUCCCGACUUCUCAACUCGGUCACAAUCUUUGUAAUAUUAAGGUAUAACAUAAACUGUUCACGGUGUACGUGUGUGUUAGGAUAGGUUUAUCAUGUAUUACGAUAGUUCGAUAUACGUGCAUGGCAAUUCUAGCUAAUCUGUUGUUCGUAGUAAAUAAACAAUAAUAAUCUUAAGAUCUUGGACCUGUUUUUUAUAUAAUUUUAAACAUGACCAAAAUUUUCUCUCAUUCCCUUUACGUAUCGCGUUCACACCUCUCGUCUUCUACAUAUACUCGUACCUAAUCCUAGAUUCUAUCUUCCUGUCUUUCUAUCUAUCGUAGACUAACUUUACUCUUCGUUGUUGGCUCUCACGUAGUAAAUAGUGGUUUAGAAAUGUUAUUUUCGUACGUAGCGAGGUUUAGGCGUAAUUAAACAUUUAAUAUAAACCCGCUAAUUGUCACUAAAUUAAAAUGAUGCUUUACUAGUUCGUGUUUUGAAUUGUAUCGUAAAAGUAUUGCAUGGUUGCGUGUCAUGAAUCUUGCAGUGUGUCGUGUCGUGUCGUUUUCUCUAUUGAUCCGUAUGUAUUUUCCUCUCGAUAUGUAUUAAGAGGCUUUUUAAAUAUCUUAUUUGUAAGCUUUCGAUGUUUGAUGUAUAGUGUUACGGUUUCAACAUUAUUUAUAAAUAAUGUAUUAGUAUAAACAUGUUGCUUGAAUGCAAAUAUUUUGAAGGAAUUUGGGUGAUAUCAAAUUAAUAUCACGAUUCGUUCUCCCGAUAUUGUUAAAAUAUUUUCUCAUUGCGAUGUAAGAACCAUCGAAAGAGAUCGUAUAUUAUUUAUUAAUGUUUAUAUUUAUUAUAUUAUAUAUAUUAAAUGAAAAUCCAGUAGCCCUUUGAAUUAGAAAUCGCAAUUAUAACUUUUAUAUCAUUGCAACAUUGUUUUCAUCUCGUAAUAAUCGUAAUGAAUUUAUAAAGAGGUUUAUACAAGGUAGAUAUGUAGUUUAGUAAUAAUUGUAAAUUAUUUAAUAAAACAAUUUAUGAAUGCAUUAUCCAACAAGACACUAUAAUAAUUUUAAGCUCUUUGACUGACCAAUUUCAGAAUUCUCUUAAACAUCCGUUGAACAAAAUUUAUCUUAUGACUCUCGCAUUCAGGGUAUUGUACGUAUUGUUGUGUAUUUAUAUCAUGUAUUCUUUCAUUCUGAUCUUUUAGACACUGACUUUUUGGCCUGCGAUGGCAUUCAGAAUUUCAUACUUAAUCUUUGAUUAGAUUCACUAUUUCGUUAUCAAAUUUACUUCAAUACUAUUGUAGGAUAAUGAAUCGGAUAUGGCUAUUCGUAUGACGCAAUCGUAGCUUAAGACAUACAGGAAAUGCGUGUGCGUAUCUUUGUAUGAGUGUGUGUGUGAGCGGACGAUAUUAUGGUGGAGUUUGAAUGAGUGUAUGAUCUGUAUUGGUGAUUGAAUGAGGUUGAUGAACGGUGAAAUAAAAUUUCAUUUUUUAAAUUAACAAUUUAAUAUUUCGCGGUGAUUAAUAUUCGAAUAUAUGUUACCCUUGCGUCAUAUCAAUGGGAACAGAUGUUUUUUUUUUCAAAUUCUUAUUAUAGUUUAGCAAACUGACAUAGUUACAACUAUUAUAUACCUACAUUGUUAAACAUUUAUCAGAUAGCGUUAUGUAUGCACUAGGAAAUAGGAGACACUUGAUGCGUUUGCUACUUUAAUAUCAAAUUAAAUAAUAUCUAAAUUUGUAUGACACUUAAUACGUUGAAAUAAUAAUGAAUGAUAACUAAACAUAAAACUAGACAUCUAUUAUUAAAAAUUUAUCAUAUUUUAGUAGCAAAUACAUUGUACCUGAUCCUACCACUAUUACAACCAUCAACUUAAAAUAUUCAUCGCAAAGGGUUUGUUUUAUUUUUAUUUUUAAUUUGUUUAAAUUAACGAUGAUAGCGACAGGAUCAGGUUUAACCCAAUACCGGUACAAACGACAAUCUAGAGACAACGACACAUCACACCAACACGAGCUUUGACACAGACGCCAGUAUUACACGAUUGUUAUAUGUAUUUAGCCUUUUCCGAAUUGUAUAGAGAUUAUUUUGUAUCAAAGAACUGACUUGAAGUGCCACAGACCAUGUUGUUGCGCUUUCUUUUACAUAAUAAUUUAAACAAUAUAUUUUCUAUAUUGUACGUUGAAAUCUUGAAUGGUCGCGUUCGUUUCGUUAUUAGUUGAAUGUUAACACGUCACAGAGUACGGUGGAGGAAAAUAAUCGUUAUCUUUAUCUAUCUAGCAGUUGACUCUUUCUCGUAGAAACUUCUAGAACAAUGAUUUCCUUCCUCGACGGUGCUCUGCUUCAACGAUAUGUUCGAAUAUAAUAGUAAACGGCUACUAUACAACCACCUUACCGCGUUAGCUUUUAAUAUUAGUGACAUCUAGCGUUAAAAUUGCAAGUUUACCGAUAAAUUAAUGCAAGAAUGUGUAAAGCGAAAAAAAUAUAAGUGAAACGGAUUCACGUUGUAUUGUUAUUAUAAAGAUGCGGUUGAAAGUUUAUCCAGGAUUUAAACUUAGAAUUAUGGAGAAAAACGAAAAUGAGGUUAUUGUUGAAAAUGUUUUUAGGUAAAUAAAAUUGAAUUGAGCUUUCUUGAGACUUGUUGUUAUUAAUAAGUUACGUUUCGUUCGCUGGCCCUGGCUGUACAGAAACUGCCAUUCAAUAUUGGUCUUUAUCUCGGAUGAUUAAAGUUUAGUUUUCACUGUUUCUAUCACUUAUGUAGUCUCGUAAUGUUAGGCUUGUUUGCUAAAAAUUAUUUAUCGUCUUACUGUUGCGAAGCAUUGUUAAAUUUAUUUACUGGGUCCUUAUUAGUUAUGUAUAAAAGUUUAGAGGUAGCCAUUUUCAUAUUAACUUUACUGUGAGUUUGAAAGUGGAUUGUCUACCAUGUUGUUAAAUAAUAAUAAACUACAUUGUACCACCA